GGGGACUGCUCGCCCCUUCUUAAGCGAGAAGAGCGCCUUUCUGCCCCUCACUCGCCUCUCCCUCCAGUCUUGCUCCCGCGCGAUGGCCUCAGCUCUGAGCUAUGUCUCCAAGUUCAAGUCCUUCGUGAUACUGUUCGUCACCCCGAUACUGCUGCUGCCACUCAUCAUUCUGAUGCCCGCCAAGUUUGUCAGGUGUGCGUACGUCAUCAUCCUCAUGGCCAUUUACUGGUGCACAGAAGUCAUCCCUCUGGCGGUCACCUCUCUCAUCCCACUCUUGCUUUUCCCACUCUUCAAGAUUCUGGACUCCAAGCAGGUGUGUGUCCAGUACAUGAAGGACACCAACAUGCUGUUCCUGGGCGGCCUUAUUGUGGCAGUGGCUGUGGAGCGGUGGAACCUGCACAAGAGGAUUGCCCUGCGCACGCUCCUCUGGGUGGGGGCCAAGCCCGCACAGCUGAUGCUGGGCUUCAUGGGCGUCACAGCCUUCCUGUCCAUGUGGAUCAGCAACACGGCCACCACGGCCAUGAUGGUGCCCAUCGUGGAGGCCAUGCUGCAGCAGAUGGAGGCCACCAGGGCAGCCACCGAGCUGGAGUUGGUGGAAAAGGGCAAGGCCAGCGAGCUGCCAGGGAAUCAAGUGAUCUUCGAAGGCCCGGCCUUAGGACAGCAGGAGAGAAAGGACAAGAAGAGCCUCUGCAAGGCCAUGACACUAUGCGUGUGCUACGCGGCCAGUAUUGGCGGCACGGCCACCCUCACCGGGACCGGACCCAACGUGGUGCUCCAGGGCCAGAUGCAAGAAUUGUUUCCUGACAGUAAAGACAUCGUCAACUUUGCCUCUUGGUUUGGAUUCGCCUUCCCCAACAUGCUGAUAAUGCUGCUGCUUGCCUGGCUGUGGCUCCAGUGCCUUUUCAUGAGAUUCAAUUUUAAAAAGGCCUGGGGGUGUGGACUAGAGAGGGAGAACAGCGAGAAGGCCGCCUAUGAGGUGCUGCAGGAGGAAUACAGGAAACUGGGGCCCUUCUCCUUUGCUGAGACCAAUGUCCUACUCUGCUUCCUGCUGCUGGUAGUCCUGUGGUUCUCCCGGGAUCCUGGCUUCAUGCCAGGCUGGCUGUCCAUCGCCUGGACAGACGGCGAGACCAAGUAUGCCUCUGAUGCCACUGUAGCCAUAUUUGUGGCCAUCUUACUAUUCAUUGUACCUUCACAGAAGCCCAAGUUCAACUUCUGUAGCCAGUCUGAGGAAGAUAGGAAUACUCCGUUUUAUCCCCCUGCACUGCUGAGUUGGAAAGUGGCCCAGGAGAAAGUGCCCUGGGGCAUCGUGCUGCUGCUGGGGGGUGGAUUUGCAGUGGCUAAAGGGUGUGAGGCCUCGGGAUUAUCCGAGUGGAUGGGGAAGCAGAUGGAACCCUUGCACGCGGUGCCCCCAACAGCCAUCACCGUGAUCUUGUCCUUACUUGUUGCUGUGUUCACUGAGUGCACAAGUAAUGUGGCUACCACCACCCUGUUCCUGCCCAUCUUUGCCUCCAUGUCACGCUCCAUCGGCCUCAACCCGCUGUACGUCAUGCUUCCCUGUACCCUGAGCGCAUCCUUUGCUUUCAUGUUGCCCGUGGCCACUCCACCUAAUGCCAUCGUGUUUGCCUAUGGACACCUCAAGGUUUCUGACAUGGUGAAAACAGGACUGAUGAUGAACAUCAUUGGCGUCUUCUGCGUGUUUUUGGCCGUCAACACCUGGGGCCGGGUCAUAUUUGACUUGGACCAUUUCCCUGACUGGGCGAAUGUGACCCAUAUUGAGACUUAGGGUGAGCCUCAAGACCCGCAGACCCAGCGGCCGCCCUUCUGAGGAAUCCUGCCCCGUCUGGCGCAUUCUCCAAUGGACGUUUGCUGUGCACAGCCCGUAGUGACUCAA